AUGCAAAUUUUAACGUUUUCAAUGAAUCUUAAACUUGUUAGUAACGAAACGAGAAAAAAGAUGAGCUCCGAUUCGACAGAUGAAGAGCCGCAAAGGCCACGGAUUGUCGAUGGACACUUCAGAGGGAUGAAAGAAAUUCUGUCCACUAUGGAGCCGGAUACCGAUUUGAAUACGGUGAGCGAGCUGAAGGAAAGGGUUCAUCUUCUUUGUGCGAGAUUCCUUGGCGGUGCUUGGAAAAAUGCUCCUUUAGACGAUUUGAGGAUUUCAAGGAUAAAAGGCGGAAUGAGCAAUAUGCUAUUCUUAUGUAAACUAUCGGAAAGACAUCGACCGAUUCGGAAUGAACCUGAUAAAGUGCUACUCAGAGUCUAUUUCAAUCCAGAAACGGAGUCUCAUUUGGUGGCAGAAUCAGUGAUCUUCACUCUUCUAUCAGAAAGACAUCUUGGCCCGAAACUUUAUGGGAUUUUCUCUGGCGGAAGAUUAGAAGAAUACAUUCCGUCUCGUCCACUUUCAUGCAGAGAAAUAGCAUUGUCAGCAAUGUCUGGAAAGAUCGCAAAAAGAUUGGCGAAGGUUCAUCAGUUAGAAGUUCCUAUUUGGAAGGAACCUGAUUAUAUUUGUGAUGCUUUGGAUAGAUGGCUCUACCAACUAAUGCAAACCCCAUCCGGUGAAUCGACGUUCAACAUCAGUGAUGAGUACAGUUCUUUCAUUCCCGAGCCGGUCACUUGCCAGACGAUUGCUCGAGAAUUCGAUCAUUUGAGACUGAUGAUCUCUAAAAGCAAAUCCCCAGUGGCUUUCUGUCACAACGACCUCCAAGAAGGGAAUAUCUUGCUUCCAAAAGCAUCUUCGGGGAACAUUCGAUUGCCGUCAUUGUCGGAUGAAUUUGAAAAUGGUCCCACAAACACCCUGUCAGCUUUCAAUCCAGCUGAUCCAAAGCUGGUCUUGAUCGAUUUUGAGUACGCCAGCUACAACUAUCGGGAUUUGACUUUGCAAACCAUUUCGUCGAGUACUCGAUCGACUACGAUUGUGACGAGGCUCCUUUUUACACAA